UGCCCACUAAACAGUUACAGCUUUAUAGAAACGUGUUUAAGGCAGAAAUUUAUAUAUACGUGGGCGACUUUAGGUAAAAGCCAGACGAUCUUGAGUCGGUAAUGGUUGACUUGUGGGUCACGGACUCGCUCACUUUUAAUUUAUAUCAGCUAAGCUAGAUAGCAGCUUACAACCACUGCAUGCUAUAUUAUAUAUAUAAUGUUAAGCUAUAAGUAGCUUAACAUUUGCUGUUUGUUGGCUGUCAGUCAUGAUGUAGUGUCAUUAACCUUACCUUUACAAAGUCCCGUUUACCUAUAUGACAACCAGAUAUCUGUGUUCAUGUAGUUUUGGGAUAGUUAUGGCAUCUCCGGGGUAUUUUGGUGACGGUCCGCACAUGUCUGAACGUGACCCGUAUUUCACUGAGGUCAUCAACCAGAAGAUGCGCGUGCCUGACAGGCUGAGGUUCGGUAUCGGGCCUCAUACGCACGAGCCUGGGAACCAGAGACCUGAAGGUCCACCUGCAGCCUACAGCAUGCACAUACCAGACAGACUGGCUUUAACAGAUGUUCCUGACCUGAGUCCACGCCCUCUCUUCUCCAAAAACGCGUCAUCAUUAUGGGACCUGCAGCAUGGUUCUUGGGACAGGGAGGUGUUCAUGAGAGAGCCUGUUCAGAGUCCACUGCGUAGGUCUUAUAGUGACCAGGCUUUUGGUCGGACCCCACCUGGAACCCCCACACACUCCAAACAAGCCCUCCACUGCCAGUCACCUCGCAGUGUUGGACGUACCCCUGUUGUACACACGAUCCCGUCCCGGCCAAAACCCCCGGGACCUCCGAGCAUCCCACCCAACCUGCUCUCUCCACAGAGCAUACUGCAGGCCGCCAAGGUGCUGGGCCAACAGGCUUCUCAGAAAAUCCUCCAGACCGUCACCAAAAAAUACUCCAACAGGUUCGGUCACCCUGAAAACCGCCCGUCCCAGGCUGUGGUGGUUCAUCCUGAUCAGAGCAGGACAAGUGCCUCACAAGAGUACUGGCUCAGCCCAGAGGACGACACAGGAACCGCUGUUGAAUUUAUGGUUCUCCGCAGACAGGUGGUGAAGAUGAGCAGGCGGAUAGCAGGUCUUGAGAGACAAAACGCAGAGCACAGACAGACCGAGCUGGUGUUGUUCUCGCUGCUGGCGUCUGCCUGCCUGAUCAACGGCUGGCUGUGGAUGCGCAGAUGACAGCUCAUACCACAGACAUACCCAAUAACACUAUAUAAACACACAGCUUUAAAAGAGAAAUGCUGAAGAUGUACGUUUUAGCUAAAAACGGGGUGUAUUUGGGAGCCAGCCAAGUUGAGGGAUGGAUGGCAUGGAAAGCGCUCCUGUAUAGGACUGUACAUUGUGAAGACAAGAGGCAUAAUUAUGCUGUACUAUCAUAAAAUCACAGUAGUGACAUGAAGCACUAAUGGAAGUUUGGUUUAUAAAUGGGAGGUGAUGUGUAUUCUCAUAUUGAGCAGUAUUGUGAAUAUCUACACUUUAGCAGUUGUUUAGAAUUGAUGUCUCUGGCUCUUUUUAUUAGAACCCUAUAGCAGCUGUUGAGCAUGGUCAAAGUGUAUAAAAAUGUUUGCAUGCUUUUUAAAAUUAGCUAAUUUUGCUCCAGAUAAUAUUAUGAAUUUGUAUUUUGCUUCCAGUUAGGUGUUUAGAUACCAUUUUCAAUAAAAAAAUGAAUAUGUGUAAUGUAUAUUUAAAAUAAAUAUUGGAAUAAAUUGUU